UGGUGGUAUGCUAAUCAUAACGAACAUUAGAGUGACCUCCCUUUGAAAUUGACACUGAAUGCGGGAAACAUGAAGUAAACAUUGAAUCUCAACAUGACAGAUCACGACGACUACGUGUUGUCCAGAUUGCCAGGACGCCUCGUAGAGCGACUUAUGCCUUUCCAGAAAGAUGGAGUCAAAUUUGCAGUAAAAAAACAUGGAAGAUGCUUGAUUGCAGAUGAGAUGGGCCUGGGGAAGACUCUACAGGCAAUAUCUGUAGCCUACUACUAUCGCUGUGAAUGGCCUCUGCUGAUUAUUGUGCCGUCCUCGCUGCGGUUCUGCUGGAUAGAGGAGCUGGAAAAAUGGCUGCCUGAUGUCCACCCCAAUGACAUCAACCUCAUCAGGGGAGGAACUGAUGCAAGUGGCAUAGCGUCCUCUCGAGUCAGCAUCGUGACGUAUGGGCUGCUGAGUAAACAGUCCAGCAGCAUUGUCCGGGAGGCACUCACCAAUCAACACUUCAAGGUGAUUAUUUGUGAUGAGUCUCACUACAUCAAGAACACUCGGACUGCAUCAUCGAAAGCUGUCGUUCCGCUCAUCAAAGCCGCCAGCCGACGCCUUCUGUUGUCUGGGACCCCUGCGCUGUCUAAACCAGUAGAGCUGUUCCCUCAGAUUGAUGCGUUGAAGCCGGGGGAGUUUGGGUCGUGGUGGCAGUUUACCGCCCGCUACUGUGAUGCACGAAUGGAAUGGUUUGGCAGGCAGAAAAUGAGGAAGGUUGAUGGUGCAAGUAACCUGGAGGAGCUUCAGGAGAAGCUGAGUAGGACGGUGAUGAUCCGGCGGGAGAAGCGGAAUGUCCUCAAACAGCUGCCUCCCAAACAGAGGCAGAAGGUGCUCUUUGAACUCAAGGACUCCAGCCAGAAGAAGGAAAUAAUGAAUCUGUUUGAGGAACUGAAGCCGAUGUUGCAGCGUAACACAAAUAUGACAAGCCUCAGUCUAGACGCCGCUACUCAGGAGUCUGAGGAUGUCAGUGGGGAAUCCCUGCAUCGACUGUCUCUCAUAUCGAAGCUGUACAAGCUGAGUGGGGAAGCUAAGAUUGGUCCAGUGAAGGAAUACUUGGAAAUGCUGUGUGACAACUCGUCCCUAAAGUUCCUCAUAUUUGCCUACCACCACGUCAUGAUGAACGGCAUCCAGCAGACACUCUGGGAUAAGAAGGUCAAGUUUAUCCGGAUAGAUGGCAGUACUAAGCCGGAUGACAGGCUGAUGCUCGUCCAGCAGUUUCAGUCGGAUGCGGACACAAAGGUGGCCAUCUUGAGUAUCCUAGCAGCAGGAGUGGGACUGACCCUUACGGCAGCCAAGCUGGUUGUGUUUGCUGAGAUGUACUGGACACCUGGUGUUAUGGUCCAGUGUGAGGACCGCGCUCAUCGAAUUGGACAAACAGCAAGUCUACCUGUACAUUACCUGGUUGCCAAGGGAACCAUGGAUGAAUGGGUUUGGGGCACUGUGUGUAAAAAGACCCUAGUCACCAGCACAGCACUGAGUGGUCAGCGCCGCAACAUGGAGGCUGACAAGGGAGACGAGUAUCAGGUGGAGUUGCUGUCUAAUGCUGAUGCAUGGGUUCCAGCAGAGCAGACGGACCUGGAUUUAACAUCUUUCUUUCAGUCACAAAAGCCAACAGAUCAAAGAUCAAUACUGGAGUUUUUUACACCUCCAUCAGCAAAGAACAGAAAUAAGAACAUGGAUAAAACUCCUGGAAAAAACAGACCCUGUGAUGAUGAAGAAGGAUCAGAUCUGCUUUGUAAGAAGCAGAAGACAAAUCACCGAGAACAUGUGACAGAGGGACGGUUUAAAGGGGAGAUAAUUCUCCUGGACAGCGAGGAGGAGGAGGAACAAUUCCAAACAGAAAAGAAAAGGAGAAGGAUAAACAGAACAGAGGGAAGAGACAAAGAUCAGUGUUUUGCUGGCAGUAACAGAAUCUUAAGCCCAUCCACACCUUCUGGUAAGGAUGGGUUUGAGAAAGCAUCCGACAGCCAAACGCUUUGUACAACACCCACCAAUCCUAGGAGUGUUAAAAAUGCAUUGCAUAUGCCGAAAAUCGCAUCAGUUGGAAAGAGGGGAGACAGUGCCUUGAAUGGACGUAGUACUGAGGACACUGAUGAUACAAGAUCACUCGUGAGUGGAGUGUCCAGUCAGUGGGCAUGCAGUGCUUGUACGUUCCUAAACAAUGCUGGCAUGUCCCGUUGUGAAAUGUGUGACACACCGGGGAAGGUUAAAGAUGUCAAAAGGUCAAAAGGUAAAUCCCAGUCAGAAGAUUUUAUCCUAAGCAGCCCAGUGUUUGGGACGAAGCAGAAAACAUGCUCCCAUGUGGUGAAAGUUGAUACAGAACACACUGUGUUGAAUGAUGAUGAUGAGACUGGAACUAUGGAGGGUAUAGCUGUCCGGGACAUGUCAAGCAGAUCCUCCUCCCAGGGCGCAGACACUGAUCACGUCAGUCAUGAUGGAGCUGCAGGCAAUGGUGGAAGUGUAGGCUCUUCAGUUCUAAAGAAAAGGAAGUGUUUUGUGCUUGAAGAUAAUGAGUGUACACUCUCUUGUAUCACUGCUGAAAAUGGUGAGAAUUUAUGUGCUGAAGGUUGUGUUGAAAGUCCUGACAUUAAUGGAGUACAUCUUGAUAUGGGCGGCACUGAUGCAAGCCUGUCUGGGGAUGAGCAGCUCAGUGGAGCAACAGCAACUCCUAAACCCAGAAAGAGGAUGUGCUUUCAGCUCCACUCUGAUGAUGAGGAAGAAAGACCUGACAGACCCAAGUCUGGUCGUUGGGAAGAUGUUGUACAGUCCAGUCCUUGUCACCAAAACAAAGAUGACCAACGCUUGUCUACCCCAGUGGGUCGUGAUGACCGAUGUGUGUCUACUCCAGUGGGUCGUGAUGGUCAAUGUGUGUCUACCCCAGUGGGUCGUGAUGACCAAUGUGUGUCUACUCCAGUGGGUCGUGAUGACCGAUGUGUGUCUACCCCAGUGGGUCGUGAUGAAAGAUGUGUGUCUACCCGUGUGGGUCGUGAUGACCAAUGUGUGUCUACCCCAGUGGGUCGUGAUGACCAAUGUGUGUCUACCCCAGUGGGUCGUGAUGACCAAUGUGUGUCUACUCCUCCGGGUCGUGAUGAAAGACGUGUGUCUACCCCAGUGGGUCGUGAUGACCGAUGUGUGUCUACCCCAGUGGGUCGUGAUGACCGAUGUGUGUCUACUCCUCUGGGUCGUGAUGAAAGUUGUGUGACGCCCUCAUGGGAGCUGAUGCCUUGUGACAGUCCAUGCUUCAGUUUGGUUCUAGACUCCUCAGAUGAUCAGUCAAAUGAGAGUACCAGUAACCAUGGUAACAUGGAUACUGCAGAAGCUAGAAAGUCAGGAGACAAACAAAUCCACAUGACUCCAAGCAAAGACAGCCCCUGUUUCAGUCUGAUCCUCGACUCGUCUGGUGAUCAGUCCAAGAACAGUGAGAUGGAUGUUGCCGAAGCCAGACACCAAGGAGAUCCUCAGAUUCAUGUUACAUCACAUAAAGACGAGGCAGAGGGAAAAUCAGACAUCAGUGACAGUGACUGCAAUUAUAAUCAUCUACCAGGAGAUCCAGAUGUCCAGGAUUCGGUGUCAGAUAGUGAACAAAGUCUACCUGAAUUGGUUCUUCCCGGAAGAAGAAGUAGAGACUCUCCGAGUUGUGUAGCGUCUCUCACACCUGACACUAGGACACCUGUGUUGAGGAGGAAAAUGUCCUUCAACCCUCUGCUAUCAGUAAAUACCAAGUCAAUGGAAGGUUCUGCUGACAAGUUCAGCCCUGAUUCUAGACGCCAGAGUUGUAAAACUCUGACAGAUGAUGACAGCUCCUCCCAAAGUGCCAGUCAAAAGGGCAGCAGGACUCCUGGGAAAUCCAUCUCACCUAAUGGGACAUUUGCCCACACGUCUGUGUUCCCCGCCUUCCUCUACUGCUGCAGCUUCUACACAGGCCGAGUCUACCUCUUCCAGCAGGACGGGACCUCUCUCAGUGAGAACUUCCUGCCCCUGGAUGUAGAGAUGGGUAACAUGGAACAACUGCCAGCUGUACUUCAUCACCAUGGCAACCUGAGAUUGGUGCAGAAGUUUGUAAGGGAAUGGAACAGUUUGACGGAGACGAAGAAGCGUCUGAUCGUGAAACAAGGGAUGGUGUUCAGCAGCCCCCUGGUGGCGUACGAGGAGGUCCGUUCCGGCAAGGUUAGCAACACACAGCGACACAAGACCAAGGACGAUGCAGCAAUGGUGGCACAGAAGGCAGCAGUGGAACUGGGUGGGACUGUCAGGCUCAUAUCAAAGAGAGGCCAGACAGGAAGUCAGAGGUCACAUGACCAGGCACGGCAGACGCACAAUAACAUAGGCGUGUUACAGGCUGUCACAACAGAAGGGGUUCCGCUGUGUUUAAAUUGUCAGCAGCCAUAUGACAACCCUCUCCUGGACAAGUCAACUAUCACAGAUGAGAAGAAUGCUUGGAAUACUCGUUUCUGCUCCUCAAAAUGCAUGGACCAGUACUGGAUGCAGACACACAGCAGCUACUGCCGGGACAAAGUGUACGAAGUGGAACAUGGCAUCUGUCAGAUCUGCAAAUAUGAUGCUCAUUCCUUCUACAACCAAGUCAAGAACACCCAGGACAUGCAGAAGCGAGCCAAGCUGCUGGCGGAGGGCAAGUAUUCAACUCUCAAGGCCAAGCAAAAGGAAAGCAUGGUGCGCAAACCAGUGGAGGGACAGUUUUGGCACGUGGACCACAUCACCCCUGUGUGGGAGGGUGGCGGCAUGUGCGACAUUGACAACAUGCGGACACUGUGUGUGAUGUGUCACCAAAAGGUCACUGCAGGUCAGGCCAGGAAGAGGGCAGUGGUCAGACGUCUACAGGGAGCUAGGGCAGGGGGAGAUAUCACAGCCUUCUUCCAGAAGUCAUGACACAGCCAUCUGGCUGUCAUUGUGAUUAUCGUGUCUGGAGGCAGUGGUCAGACGUCUCAAGGGAACCGUGGCUGAUGUCACAGCCUUCUUCCAGAAGUCAUGACACAGCCAUCUGGCUGUCAUUGUGAUUAUCAUGUCUGGAGGCAGUGGUCAGACGUCUCAAGGGAACUGGGGCUGAUGUCACAGCCUUCUUCCAGAAGUCAUGACACAGCCAUCUGGCUGUCAUUGUGAUUAUCGUGUCUGGAGGCAGUGGUCAGACGUCUACAGGGAACCGGGGGAGAUAUCACAGCCUCCUUCCAGAAGUCAUGACACAACCAACUGGCUGUCAUUGUGAUUAUCGUGUCUGGAGGCAGUGGUAAGACAUCUACAGGGAACCGGGGGAGAUAUCACAGCCUUCUUCCAGAAGUCAUGACACAACCAACUGGCUGUCAUUGUGUUUAUUGUGUCUGGAGGCAGUGGUCAGAUGUCUCAAGGGAACCGGGGCUGAUGUCACAGCCUUCUUCCAGAAGUCAUGACACAACCAACUGGCUGUCUUUGUGAUUAUCGUGUCUGGAGGCAGUGGUCAGACAUCUACAGGGAACCGGGGGAGAUAUCACAGCCUUCUUCCAGAAGUCAUGACACAGCCAACUGGCUGUCAUUGUGAUUAUCGUGUCUGGAGGUAGUGGUCAGAGUGCUGAGAUACGAUGUAUCAGAGUUCUGUCUGAAAUCCUGACUGUCGACUUCUGAAUGUUAUAUAUGCUGAGACAUCUCAGUAUUUGUGAUAUAAAACAAAAUAAAAAACAUAAUAAACUGACUUUAAUGUUAUUUUUUAUGAUAUAUGCUUAUGUAAUAGAUAGAUGAAUAGAGACAGUAAGUUAUUGGGAAGUAUAAGAUAGAACAAUGAAGAACAAAGUGUGGUUUAUUUCACAAUAAAACAUUGUUCUAUCAUGACGUCAUUUCUGGAAGUUCAAACAUGCGCUCAAAACUUGAUGACAUCGUAUAUUGGACGACAUUAUUUUUGAGAGGGUAGUGCUUAGUGAGUUGUUCCCCAUAGAUGUAGCUGGGCAAUGCAGAUAAGUGUGAUGGCUGAACAAUCGCAUCCAAAAGCUGGAGAGAUAUGACCAUUGUCAGUGAGAGAAAAGGUACAGGU